AUGUCCUCCGAUGAAGAGAAUCGGAACGCGGCGGAGAAGCUGAAGGCGGAGGGCAACGCGCUGCACCUCAAGGGCGACCACGCCGGCGCGCGAUCGAAGUACACCGAGGCCAUCGCGCUCGACGGCGCGAACGCGGUGCUGUACGCGAACCGCGCCGCGGCGUACAUCGCGCUUAAACAGUUUCUCGAUGCCGGGCGGGACGCGCAGAAGGCUGUCGAGAUAGAUCCCAGCUAUGGCAAGGGUUGGGCACGGCUCGCGAAAGCUAGUUCUGAACUGCAUGCCUGGCCGAAGUCCAUUAAUGCAUGGAAACGCGCGCUCGGGACGCUCCCUGAGGGCGACCUCACGCCGCAGCAAGAGGAGCUGAAGAAGCAAUACCAGGAGGGGCUCGAGUUGGCGCAGGCCACGCUGAAAAAGCAGGAAGAAACUCCUCCGGAGGUGCAGGCUCUGCCCAGCAUAUCUGAACGGCCGUGGAACCGGGCCUUGAAGAUGGAAGAUGUAUUGACGCGCACUAGUGUGUUGAACACCAGCGCGUGGCCGAUUAUGAACGCAUACAGGGAUUUUUCGGAAGGCGUAGGUUGCAUGAAGCAGCUCAAGAAAGUCGAUGGCAAAGUGCAAGGGAAUCUUAAUGCUAUAUCCUCCAUCAUUGGCGGCAUCCUGAGGGAUGAUCGGGUGUUCCAUAUGGACUCUGAGAACUGGUUGGAGCUGCUCCAGCUGCAAGUGCAACUUGAGAUGGCGGCUUUCGAAGGAUGGUCGGAAGGCGGCCCAGAAACAAUCAAAGAAGAGGCCGUCAAGCGAUUGGAGGAGAAGGGCUGGAAGGCGACCCGGAUGGCGUUGUCGGCCACAAUCAGGGCGUGGUUCCUCCGUGCGUAUUUUGCGCAUCGGAGCGGCGAGAGCCUGUCGCUCGCACUGCAGCACUACAACAACGUAAUUGAGGUGCUCGAGUGGGGUUCUGAAACUUGGAAAGACGUGCCGUCGGAGGACCGGGGGUACAUCUUCCAGAAGACAUUCGUCCGUGCGAUCAAGCGCCUGAAGAUGGAUGCCUACCUCGGGGCUGUGAGGCAGUCAGAGGACGACUCCACGUACAACGUCGAAGACCUGAUCGAUAUGGCGAACCAGAUGGUGGAUGAGACGACGAAGAAUGUCCCGAAAGAUGAGGAUGACGGACCGAUGGACAAGGGCGCGUGGUACUCGUUCUUCGUGUACCCCAUCGCCGAAGCACACGCCACACUCGGCGCCGUGUUUAUGCAGCAGGGCUUGAGCGCGAAGCAAGCGAACGACACUGAGGAAGGGGAGAACAUGCUCGCUGCGGCAGCCAAGUUCUACAGGAAGGCAGCGGAGACAUACCCGCCAGACGACGAGAAGGCGCCGUUCUACCUCAAGAUCGCGUUCGAGGCAGAGCUGCACCGCGGGCGGCCGCUUUCGGAGACGCUCGCGCUGUGCGAGCGCAUCCGCAAGCUGCUCCCGGGCGUAGCGAAGAUUUGGGAGUUCAGCACCUCGAACAAUCUCGCGGCGCACCUGCGGCAGCUCGAGCUGUUCGAACAGCGCGCAUACACCGGGCUGCUCGAGGGGAGAUACAGCAUGGAGACGCCAUCGUCCGAUGUGCCGCUGGACUGA